AACAGCACAGCUGUGUUUGGCUGCAGGGCUAAGGGCACUGUCAAGAGAGACACACCACUCUCCAGCAGCAACAGAAUCACCAUAAUCUGCAGCAGCAGCUGGACAAACCACCAUUCACAAAGCACUUUGAGAACUUCAGGAUGAAAGUGUCUCCAGUCUUUUCCUGCCUAGCUCUGGGCCUGGCCUUCAUCCUUGGUGAAGGAUCUGCCUCAGACCAUCGCCAGCUUGAGGCGGCCCAAAUGGUCACAGAUUUUGGAGUGAAGGUGUUUCAGCAGGUGGCCCAGGCCUCCAAGGACCGUAAUGUGAUUUUCUCACCCUAUGGGGUGGCCUCAGUCCUCGCCAUGCUGCAGCUAACAACCAGAGGAGAAACCAGGCAGCAGAUCCAAGCAGCAAUGCAAUUCGAUAUUGAAGAGAAGGGCAUGGCCCCUGCCCUUCGUCAACUGUACAAGGAACUCAUGGGGCCAUGGAACAAGGAUGAGAUCAGCAUCGCCGAUGCCAUCUUCGUUCAGCGGGAUCUGAAGCUGGUUCAAGGUUUCAUGCCUCACUUCUUCAGGCUGUUCCGCACCACAGUCAAGCAGGUGGACUUUUCAGAGAUUGAGCGAGCCAGGUUCAUCAUCAAUGACUGGGUGAAGAGACACACAAAAGGCAUGAUUAGUGACUUACUUGGUGAAGGGACCGUGGACAGCCUGACACGCCUGGUACUAGUGAAUGCCCUGUACUUCAAUGGCCACUGGAAGGCACCCUUCCCAGAGUUGGGCACCCACCACCGCCUCUUCCAUAAGUCUGAUGGCAGCACUGUCUCGGUGCCCAUGAUGACUCAGAACAGCAAGUUCAACUACACUGAGUUUUCCACCCCUGAUGGCCAUUACUACGACAUCUUGGAAUUGCCCUACCAUGGGGACACUCUCAGCAUGUUCAUUGCUGCUCCCUAUGAAAAAGAGGUGCCUCUCUCAGCCCUCACCAGCAUUCUGGAUGCCCAGCUCAUCAGCCAGUGGAAAGGAAAUAUGACCCGUCUGCCCCGCCUCCUGAUUCUGCCCAAGUUCUCCCUGGAGAGUGAAGUUGACCUCAGGAGGCCCUUGGAGAACUUGGGGAUGACCAACAUCUUUAGUCCAAGUCAGGCGGACUUCUCGACUUUUUCAGAUCAAGAGCCUCUUUACGUAUCACAGGCACUGCAAAAAGUGAAGAUCAAGGUGAAUGAAAGAGGCACGGAGGCAUCCUCCUCUACAGCCAUUACCAUCUCAGCCCGAAUGGCCCCUGAGGAGAUCAUCAUGGACAGACCCUUCCUCUUUGUGGUGCGGCACAACCCCACAGGAACAGUCCUUUUCAUGGGCCAAGUGAUGGAACCCUGACCAUGAAAAAAGGAGUUCUCAACUGGGACAGAACUGGAGAUGUAUCAGAGAAGAAGAAACUGCGAAGAAAAGAACUUUUAAUUAAUCUUUCUGGAGAGAGAGAAGAUACUCGCUUUUUUGUGUGUGUUUUUUAAUGGUAAAUCUGCCUUUUAGACCUCAGCCUCUCCAAGGGAGAGAAAGGGGACCUUUCAAUAAAACUCCCCAGUGGAGACCCUGGCAGGGACCUCGGAAGCAUUGCUCCCUGAAGUUCUCCAAAUCCGACUGUAAAACUCUCAGAGCCAUGCGUGCAGCUGCUUCUGCCCAUCACUCUGCCUUUUUGGGUCUUCAGAUCUGGAUCGCCUGA